CCACAGCCCAUCAGUCCACCAUCGGACGUGAUACUGUAAGGACGUGUGGGUGCAAGUGCUGGGCGCGGGAACCUCGUGAGUGACUGGCGAUAAACUUUGUGGAAAAAACCUGGACCUGGCGUUAAUGAUAUAAUCCUUUAGCCAAAACAAAAGAAAAAAAAAACUUACAAGCACGGAUCUUACAACUCCAUUAGUGAUCAUUUAAUGGCAAACUUGCAUACGACGAACAGCAGAGACACCGAGCAGCGCCCCCAGGAGAGCCCUCAGCCACGGACAGGUCUAUUAGGUGAUGACCAACCGCUUCAUCCCGCCGUAACCAGCCCCGCACGCGCCCCGCCUCACCGCACGCGCCGCACACCAGCACAAAGUGACCGUAAGAGUGCCAGAAAAGGUGUGCACCAACCGUGAAGUACAAAGCGCAGUACAAGUAGGCCUACAACAAAACUGAGUGAAGAUGAGGGUCAGCAACAGCAUCCAAUUUACAUUAGUCGUGUGCCUAGCGACGUGGCAGCCCUGGAGCGGAGACGCCUUUCGUCACAGCGGCCCUUCGCCCUCGUCUGAAUUCAUCGUCCAGCCCUCCAACGUCACCGUGCCGGAGGGGGACCGUGUCGUCCUCAAGUGCAUGACGUCCGAGCAAGCCCACGUGUGCCGCUGGUACUACCUGGAGCUCGGUCUCGACUUCUUCGACGAGCGCAUCACGCCGGUGCUGGUCAAGGACUUCAGCCCGGCGCACCAGAGGGACUGCUCCAUCAAGAUAAAGAAGGUGCGUAAAGUUCAAGAGGGACAGUGGCUUUGCCAAGCUCUCAAGUUCCAUUCCUCGAAGUUCCUCAUGAGCAAGCCAGCUACACUUCGAGUUAUCACAGAGGCGGAGAGUGCCACCUGGUCCCCUCCCGUCACGGAGCCUAUCCCACCGAGGCAAGGUCGACGAGAGCAUGAAAAGUCUGAACCCGUGGAGUUUGAGGGCACCGACGAGGACCAGAUUCAGAACACUCCCGUGGGCGAACCGGCGAUGCUCAAGUGCCAGGUGAACCAGCCGAUAUCGUUCUGCUCCUGGAUCAUGCCGCACGGGGCUGUUCUCUCUAAAUCCCAAGAGGACGAUAAUCAGAACAGAUCCAAACACUUCACGGGCGAAUACAGAAUCGAGGGCGACUUCAACGAGGGUAACUGCUCCCUGGCGCUGCAGGAGGUGAGGCCGCACGACGAAGGCAACUGGCGGUGCGUGGUGCGCGUGAGGCCCUCCGGGGAGGACGUGCACGGCCCGCUCCUUCACCUGCACAUGGUGGAGCACCAUCUGCCCAAACAAGGAGGAACAGCAUUGGUUGACCCAGAGGACGACUCUUUAAACUUGCUGGUUAUCAGCUUGGUGAUAAUCUGCAGUUUUCUGUCCAUCAUCGUCGUCCUGCUGUUCCUGUGCCUUUACCGCCGCGUCAAGAACCCGUCGGAGGAGACCCGCAAGAUCCUGCAGAUUUCACCCCGAAGCAGCAUGGAGUUCCAGCACAAGACGCUGCCCGUCACGGAGCUCACGUCCGACUCCGUGAUGGCGGUGGAGCCCAGGAAGAAGCGGCCCCACAACUACGUGGACCUGCAGGACUACAGCCAGUACCUGGACAUGUCCAAGGGCUCGGCCUCGGACGGCGGCUACAUCAGGAUGUCCGGCUCCAGCCUGAGGUCGUCCACGUCCUCGCGCACCACGCUGUCUACCCUGUCCACCCUGCCCGUCGGCCGCAGCCGCUCGGCCAGCAACAGCACGACCCUGAGCGACGGCUCGCCGCACCUGGGCACAGUGGUGGACAACCCCUCCUACAACGCGGACGCCGUCCUCGUAGGCCGGGGCAUCCCGCGCCCCGCCUCGGUCUACAGCAACGACCACGUGUACGAGGAGAUAAAGGAGAAGAAGGACGAGUUGCCGGUGAUGGGCAAGAUCGAGGAGGCAUCGCCGGCGGUGACGCCCACCUACACCAACACCUCCGAGGACUACCAGGGUUACAUGAUCCCCAAGAAGUCGCCCUCGUCGGAGCCCCUGCCCUGCAUCCCGGUGAUGCAGCCCAAGGGAAAGCCGCCUCUGCCAGACCUGCCGGCGCUCCAUAGCCACCUCCUGCCCCCCAGGGACGCAGCAGAUGAGGCCGCCCCGUCCUACUCACGGAUCGGCGAAGGCAGCUCAUUCCCCGCUGGCAUGGGCGCCCCGACGCCCUCCCCACUGGGGCCCGGCUACUCCCGCGUCGGGACUGCGAUCCAGGACCCCAUGGAGGCGUACGACACGCCCCGCGCCAUCCCCACCGCCGUCCCCGCCGCCGAUCCCUUGGAGGGCUACGACACCCCCCGCAGGACGGGCUCCGAGGUCUCCCUGCAGCCGCUGCCUGUGGUAUCGCCCGAGGUGUGCGCCGAUGCGCUCGUGGGCACAAUCGUCUAACUGGCAACAUGAAAGACACUUUCUUCGCCUUCUCGACAGAAGAAUUUUUCAGAAAAGAAGAAAAUAUAUUAGCAUUCUAGUCUCUUUCUGCAGGAUCUAAAAGUCAAUGUGCAUAAAAUAUAUAAGUACAGUAUAUCCGAAGUUCAAUUCUAUAUAAAUAAAUAAAUAAAUAUAUAUAUAUAUCCCGACUGUUUCCGGUCACGACUAAAAAUUUACUGAAGACACUUCACUAAGCAAAUCCAGGUAGCUGAGAUCGAAGUCUCACCUCUCAUAUACAACCGGAUUAUCCAGAAUUGAAAAUUGACGGUUACUCAGACCACUUUCUCGUGGCUGAGAGGUUCCAAAGUCAACAUACUUCGACUUUGAGCGGUUCGAGAAAAAACGUCCAAGCGGUGUGACACGCGAGCAAAAACGUCAGUGAACCGAGUGACUUGAAUGUCUGGAAUGGCUGUGUUCCUCUUGUCAAUGUGCUUUCGUGGCGCGGGUGGGAAAGAAAAAAAAAGCGUUGGAUAACUACGUAUUAUGUAUAUAUUGUCACCUGUAUAUAGUCUUCCUUGUUACUCCGGUCAUGCGACUUUAUCACCUGUUCUACGAAAAAGGGAUGUCUUGACGGGUUCUUGACUUCCUCUUGGAAUCUAUUGUAAACUAAAACUUUCACGUCAUUCGCUCAUCUUAAGGACACACACACACACACACACACACACACACACACACACACACACACACACACACACACACACACACACACACACACACACACACACACACACACACAAAGAA